CGCCCUGCCGAGCAUCAUGUGUCCAGCUAGCGUCACUCACACGGCCUCACCCAUGGUCAUAACCCCUGUUUGUCGUCUCCAGUUCAGGUUGCUGUGCUAGACAAAUGCACCAAGAAUACAUCCAUCCAUAGUUGAUUCCUCGUCUGCAAUUAUCCUCUCUGAACCCAUCCCACAAGUCGCCAUGCUUCAUCCUUGUUUCAUACUCUUUUGGCUGUUCUUGUGCCUGGGACUUAGCUCCCCUUCUUGUUCUGCUGCAAAUGGCAGCACUCUGACGGCAGGCAGCGCGCUCACUAGUGGUGAGCGGCUGGUCUCUAGCAACGGCAAGUUCGCGCUCGGCUUCUUCCGAACAGGCUCUAGUAAGUCCUCUGGGAACACCACUUUGCCCAACUGGUACCUAGGCAUAUGGUUCAACAAGAUCCCCAAGUUCAUAGCUGUGUGGGUUGCCAAUAGAGAUAUGCCAAUCCCGGAGCCCUCCCUCAACCUGUCAAAGCUCACAUUCACUGGAGAUGGCAAUCUAGUCAUCAUGAACCAUGUAACAAAGUCUGAAAUCUGGUCCACCAAGAUUUUUAGAAGAACAAAAUUCAGUAGCAACAUCACUGCUGUGCUCUCCGAUAACGGAAACCUUGUCAUACAAGAUGCCUCGAAACCCACCAGAAUUUUAUGGCAGAGCUUUGACCACCAAACAGAUGUUGUCCUCCCUGGCGGGAAGAUUGGCCACAACAAGGUCACUGGUAUGAAGUACAGAGUUGUCUCAAAGAAGAACCUAGUAGACCCAGCCUCAGGCUCAUACUGCAUGGAGCGUGACCCGGGCGGUUCUAAGCAAAUAGUUGAUAAGCUUUGCAACUCAUCUACAGUGUAUUUCUCCACGGGGGAAUGGAACGGGAAGUAUUUCACCUCGGUACCGGAAAUGUCUGCCAAUGCUUUUGCCUUUGUCAAAUUCAUUGACAACCGUGAAGAAGAAUAUUGGACUGUCAACACGUUUGAUGAGACGGUGACCGCAUUCAUCAUACUUGACUCUAAUGGCCUUACCAAGAUGCUUAUUUGGGUCAAUGCCUUGCAAGAUCUGGAAACACUCUACAUCCAACCCAAGGGUUCAUGUGAUGUUUUAGCUGUAUGUGGACCUUUCACAGUCUGCAAUGAGAACGCACUUCCACUGUUGUGCACAUGCAUGGCAGGGUUCUCUGUGAAGUCGCCCAAGGACUGGAACCUUGAUUACAAGAGGGGUGGCUGCAUGAGAAAUACUCAACUAGAAUGCAGUAGGAACAAAACCACAAAAGAGUUGACUGACCAAUUCUUUCCCAUACCUAGUAUCAGCGGAUUGCCUGACAAUGCUCAUGCCAUGAAAGCUGUUGCAAGUGCAGAGGAAUGUAUGGAGGUUUGUCUAAGUAAUUGUUCUUGCACAGCAUAUUCAUAUAGUACAGACGGCUGCUCGAUAUGGAAAGGUGAACUUCUUAAUGUAAAGCAGCGUAAUGGCACCACAGGUACUAAUGGAGAGAUCCUUUACCUACGCCUUGCUGCUGAAGAGGUGCAAAGUUGGAGAAAUAGUGGGAGAAGGCGAAUGGCCAUUGGUAUUCUCGUCGGCGCAAGUGUUUCUGCUCUGGUUUUGUUUGUUGUUGUGCUGUUACUAAUUAUUCAGAGGAAGAAGCGCAAGUCGUGCGAUCAUUCAAACGGCAUCAAAGAUAGUGGUGGAGUUUUAGCUUUUAGAUAUGUUGAUUUGCAGCGUGCAACAAAAAGUUUCUCGGAGAAGCUUGGUGGAGGUGGUUUUGGUAAUGUGUUCAAGGGGAUUCUAAGUAACUCAACUGGCAUAGCGGUAAAAACUCUUACUGGUGCACGCCAAGGAGAAAAGCAAUUCAGAGCUGAGGUCAGUACAAUUGGAAUGAUUCAACAUGUUAAUUUAGUAAAAUUGAUUGGUUUCUGUUCUGAAGGUGAUAGAAGGAUUAUUGUUUAUGAGUAUAUGCAGAAUCGCUCUCUUGAUGUUCAUUUGUUUCGAAGCAAUGGUACAAUACUAAAUUGGGGCACAAGGUACCAAAUUGCCAUAGGGAUUGCAAAAGGGUUGUCCUACUUACAUGAGAGUUGUCGUGAAUGCAUCAUACAUUGUGAUGUUAAGCCAGAAAAUAUACUUCUUGAUACAUCAUUUGUUCCUAAGAUUGCAGACUUUGGGAUGGCAAAACUUUUAGGGAGAGACUUCAGUCGCGUUCUUACUACGAUGAGAGGAACUAUCGGGUAUCUUGCACCAGAAUGGAUUAGCGGAGUCCCUAUCACACAAAAGGUUGACGUUUAUAGCUAUGGAAUGUUACUGUUAGAAAUCGUAUCAGGAAGGAGGAACAAAUUCGAAGAAUGUAAAACUAGUGAUGAUCAUGCUGUUUAUUUUCCUCUAAAAGCUGCAUGGAAGGUUCAGGAGGAGGACUUUGGUAGCUUGAUAGAUCACCAAUUACUUGGUGAGAUCAACACAGAGGAGGUUGAAAGAGCUUGCAAGGUUGCGUGUUGGUGCAUUCAAGACAAUGAAUUUGAUCGGCCGACGAUGGGUAAUGUGGUUCAGGUUCUUGAGGGUCUAGUAGACCUUGGCAAGCCCCCAGUGCCAAGGCUACUUGAGACUAUACUGGGAAGCUCUGCUUCAACCUGAACUUACUAUAUGAAAGCAAAAGUUCCUUGUGUCUGGGGACGUAUUUGUUAGGAUAAAUAAUUUUGCAUGUACACUUCCCCACUAUCAUUAGUUCAUCUGUAACGCUCUUUUGGUGAAGUUAAAUAUCUAUAUACCAUAUACUCUGCUACUUGA